AUGACCCAAUUCCUGUCGCUGCCGAUCGAGAUCCUCCAUCGCAUCUGCUACUAUGCGGAUCUAUCCAGUCGCAAAGGGCUUCGCCUGAUGAAUCGCCGGCUGGGGGACGUGGCCGCGCGCUGGGUGUUCCACACUAUCAGCGUCUCCCCCCUGGAAGCCAGCUGCGACCGACUACAGAAUAUCCUGCAAAGGCCAGACGUAGCAUCAUACGUCAUGAAGCUGUAUCUUGUCACCUUCGACCUGGAAGAGGAUGGCAAUUGCGUAGACACCGAAAGUCAAGACUGCCAUGAAGAAACGGAGGUUCCCCGACGCUUCUGGGACCUGUUUGAUCAGAUUAAGGACUUCCCUCGCCUGCAGAGCGUCGCCUUGUGUUUCCACUGGGAGCAUUCCAACGGCGAGUGGGUGACGCCGCAACCUACUGAGACUUUUCGCUCGCCUGUGAUGGAGCGAGUAUUCGCUGCAUUGGCUGCGAUGCCCCAGAAGGUGAAUGAACUGGCUAUUCAAGACUUGCACAACGCCAACGAGACAGAUCCGACCGUGGUGGCCGAUAUCAAGCAGGUCUUGGGAGGUAUCCAGUCUCUCCGACUGAACAUCGUCAACGAGCUCUGGGAUGACCCUCCAAGUGAUACCUAUAAAAAAAAAGAAGCUCAGGCUUUCCCCCGCCAGCUGCCUGGAUUCUGGCUGCGGCCAGCAAUGUCGAACCUGCGACAUCUCACCCUUUAUUCCGAUCUUCGCUGGGGCUUUUAUCCCAUUCUCGACUUCACUGGGAUUCACUUUCCCCAGCUCGAGACUCUGGCUCUGGGACACUACGCUUUCGCCGACAAUUCCCAGCUACAGUGGAUCCUCUCCCAUGCCGCGACGCUCACAGAGCUGUAUCUAGACGACUGCAGCAUUCUCUACGCAAUGGCCCGCGAAUGGGACGAGACGGAAACACUUCUCCCACACGACAGGUUCACCUACCGCAAUGAGGAGCACAGAGAACUGUGGGCUCUGUACGACGGGCGCUGGGCAGACUACUUCCGAGCAUUCAAGCACGAGCUGCCGCGCCUACAGCAUUUCCGGUACGGUCGUUUGAUGAAUAUCCGUAACUCGGAGAGGACGCCGUUCGAGAAGGAGACGGAUAUGGAGGUCGCCCUGCAUGAGGAGUCUUACCAAGCAUUUUUCGAGGAGCGCGAGUCCAAUCAGUACGCAUCGGAGGCGAACUGCGAGGAGUGGGAGGUAGAGCAGGAUGGGAUACCUCCUUGGCCGCCUGCCAGUCAGUGGGAAGAGGACAGACAGGCCCUGGGGGAGCUGUGUGCGAAGCUUGGGCAGACAUUGCUCAAAGACAGCAAACAGAAGGACAGCGAGGAGAAGGACGGCGAAUAG